AUGUUAGAGCAGUUGCUCAUUUUUACUAGAGGAGGAUUGAUCCUCUGGACUUGUAAAGAGCUGGGGAAUGCUCUUAAAGGAUCACCGAUCGAUACCUUGAUCCGAUCUUGUCUUUUGGAGGAACGGUCUGGCGCUGCAUCUUUUAAUUAUGACGCCCCAGGUGCUUCGUACACCCUCAAAUGGACCUUCCAUAAUGAACUUGGCCUCGUGUUUGUGGCUUUGUAUCAACGGAUCCUUAAUCUGUUGUAUGUGGAUGAUCUGCUUGCUAUGGUGAAGCGGGAAUUCUCAGAGAUCUACGAUCCAAAAAGGACAGUGUAUCAUGAUUUUGAUGAAACUUUCAGACAGCUAAAGAUGGAGGCCGAGGCUCGGGCUGAGGAUUUGAAGAAAUCAAACCCCGUUGGUAGGGCUUUAGGUAACAACAAGAAGCAAGGGCAGGGUCAGAAGACUGGAUCUGAUGGGGGAAAUAAGAAAAAGAGUGAAGGUGCUUUGAAAAGUGAUGGUGGGGAUGGUGAUAAUAUCAAAGGCUGUAAGAUGGAGAAUGGGCACUCCAAUGACCGUGUUGUUGCUUCUAAAGAAUCUAACUUGGGUGGUAAUAUUAACGGUAAGGAGAAUGCAAGUUCCAAUGUUGGAGCUUUUGAUGUAAAUAGGCUUCAGAAGCUUAGAGUGAAAGGAGGAAAGAAGACAGAUGCUAUUACCAAAGCCUCCAAGGUAGAGCCAAAGAAAAAGAUGACGAAGAAAAAUAGAGUUUGGGACGAUUCACCUCCUGAAACAAAACUGGACUUUACAGAUCCUGUGGGUGAGAAUGGGGAAAGCAACAUAGAAGUUGUGGCUGCUGAUCAUGGUGAAAGUAUGAUGGAUAAAGAAGAGAUUUUUAGUAGUGAAAGUGAGGAUGAAGAUGAUGAUGUGGAGAUGAACAGCAAACCUGAUGCUAAAAAGAAGGGAUGGUUUUCAUCCAUGUUCCAGAGUAUUGCAGGAAAGGCUAACUUGGAGAAGUCGGACCUUGAACCAGCUUUGAAAGCUCUGAAGGACAGGCUCAUGACCAAGAACGUGGCUGAAGAGAUAGCUGAGAAGCUCUGUGAAUCAGUGGCAGCAAGUCUUGAAGGCAAAAAGCUAGCUUCAUUUACAAGGAUAUCUUCAACAGUGCAUGCCGCAAUGGAAGAAGCACUUGUUCGAAUUUUAACUCCUAAGCGUUCUAUUGACAUACUAAGGGAUGUGCAUGCUGCCAAGGAGCAGAGGAAACCAUAUGUUGUGGUAUUUGUUGGUGUUAAUGGAGUUGGAAAAUCUACUAAUCUUGCUAAGGUUGCUUACUGGCUUCUGCAGCAUAACAUCAGUGUCAUGAUGGCUGCUUGUGACACAUUUCGAUCUGGUGCUGUUGAGCAGUUGCGGACUCAUGCACGUAGACUUCAGAUCCCUAUAUUUGAGAAGGGCUAUGAGAAAGAUCCUGCUGUUGUGGCAAAAGAAGCAAUUCAGGAGGCUUCACGCAAUGGUUCGGAUGUGGUCCUUGUUGAUACCGCUGGUCGUAUGCAGGAUAACGAGCCACUGAUGAGAGCAUUGUCAAAGCUUAUAUACCUUAACAAUCCGGACUUGGUCUUAUUUGUCGGAGAAGCACUGGUUGGAAAUGACGCAGUUGAUCAGCUUUCAAAGUUCAAUCAGAAAUUAGCCGACCUAUCUGCAUCUGCUAAUCCCAGAUUAAUAGAUGGGAUUUUGCUCACAAAGUUUGACACAAUUGAUGAUAAGGUGGGAGCUGCACUUUCAAUGGUUUACGUAUCAGGAGCUCCAGUGAUGUUUGUGGGCUGCGGACAGUCCUACACUGACCUCAAGAAACUCAAUGUCAAAUCAAUAGUGAAGACUCUCCUCAAAUGAUGAUGCUGGUUUUAGGGUUUUGUUCGCAUUGCUGUUCAUCUGUCCUUGAAUGUUUGUUUUGUGUUUGGAUGAAGUAUUCGAUGUUGCUCCGUUUUGAUCCCAUCCCUUAUGGACAAAAUUGUGGCUAUGAUGACUUUGGAGGCUGUUUGGUUUGUUACCGUUGAAAGUCUUUCCUCGUUAUUUAAUGUUUUACUUGUGAAAAUUGUAGGCACUUACCAACCACUUGCGCGCGCGCGUAAGGUACUUGUUUUCAAUUAAAUGACGUGAAUUUUUUAUAUA